GGUUGGCCCAUCAAGCAACGACAGAGCUUGCUUUAAAAGCUCCACAGGAGGCAGCGCACUGAGCGCAGCGACUUGUAGUUCUCUCUGUUUCUGCAGAGUUAAUCGGGGUCGCAAUCCAGCCCAAGACGAUCAUGAAGUUCCGUGAAAAGCAAGCUUGCUGUCUUUUGUUUGUGUCAUUCCUCGGUGUUAUUGCAGAUCUGCGCGCACUUGAAGUCCACACAAAGCUCGGGAGCCUGAGAGGUGAGAUUGUAAGUGUGAAAGGAAAAGAAACCGGGGUCCACGCCUUCCUCGGCGUCCCCUUUGCCAAACCCCCACUUGGACCCUCCCUCAGACUGACUGCACCUCAACCUGUUGAGAAAUGGGAAGGAGUGAGAGACGCCACCAAGCAGCCCAACAUGUGCAUUCAGGACGUGCAGGCUGUUGAGUAUCUGCUUGAAAAACUUGGAGGCUUGUCAAUGGACAUCCCGGCUGCUUCAGAGGACUGUCUCUACCUCAACAUUUACACUCCUGCAAACAGAGCCCCUGAUGCCAAGCUCCCAGUAAUUGUGUGGAUCCAUGGUGGAGGCUUCACUUUAGGGUCUGCAUCUAUGUUUGACGGUUCUGCCAUGGCUGCCUACCAGGAUGUGGUUGUAGUUCUGAUCCAGUAUCGGCUGGGGCUCCUGGGAUUUUUCAGCACUGGAGACGAACAAGUUUCAGGGAACUUUGGUCUUCUGGACCAGAUCCAAGCUCUGAGGUGGGUCAAGGAGCACAUUCACAACUUUGGAGGAGAUCCAAAUUUAGUCACCAUUUCUGGGGAGUCUGCUGGUGGAAUGAGCGUGUCCCUGCUGCUUCUCUCUCCACUGUCUGAUGGUUUGUACCACCGAGCCAUUGCUGAGAGUGGCACCGCUGCAAUGGAUGUCCUUCUCACAAGUGACCCUGUACCAACCAUGCAGAUGGUUGCAAAAGCAUCUGGCUGCAGCGUCGAGAGCACAGAGAUGAUCGGCGACUGCGUGAGAAACCUUAAUAUUGACACCAUUCUAGAAUUGGUGAAGGAUCAACGUUUACGGUUUCCUAUAAACACUGACGGACACUUCCUGAGAAAACCAGUUCACGAGCUGCUUCAUAAACAUGAAGUCCUCACUGUACCAUUUAUGACCGGUGUAAAUAACCAUGAAGGGGGGUUCAUCCUCGCUGAGUUCUUUGCGCCUCCGAACUGGACAGACGGAAUGGAUCGGGAGCAUAUUGUCAACGCGUUGUCCAUGUUCUACCCAAAUCCCAAAGAUGCAAUCAUCAAAGAUCUGAUCGUAAAUGAAUAUGCUGGAAGUGGCAAAGACCGUGUGAGAAACAGAGAUGCCUACACUGAGAUGCUCGGAGAUUUCUUUUUUACUGUUCCAGCCAUUAAAACGGCAACCGCUCACAGAGACGCAGGCGCAGCUGUAUAUCUGUAUGAGUACCAGCAUCCUCCUGCAUUCCUGCAGAAAAACAGGCCCAGCUUUGUUAAGAGCGACCAUGGAGAUGAGAUUAUUACUGUGUUUGGACUUUGCUUCACAACUAAUCAUGUUAAAUUUACUGAGGCGUGUCCUGAAGAGGAGGAGGAGCUGAGCAGGAUCAUGAUGAAAUACUGGGGGAACUUUGCUCGUACGGGGUCCCCCAAUGGAGACGGCCUCGUCCACUGGCCAAAGUACGGAGCAAAGGAGGAGUACCUGGCUAUUGAUUUAAAGCAGCAGGUAUUGGGUCAACACCUGAAGAAGGACCGGUUCGUCUUUGUAACUCAGACUCUGCCGGAGAAGAUCAAACAGCACAAAGAGAAACUAGAAGUCCACACGAAGCUCGGGAGCCUCAGAGGUGAGUACGUGCGCGUCAAAGGAAAGGAGACCGGGGUCCACGCCUUCCUCGGCGUCCCCUUCGCCAAACCCCCACUUGGACCCUCCCUGAGACUGACUCCGCCUCAACCUGUGGAUAAAUGGGAAGGAGUGAGAGACGCCACCAAGCAGCCCAACAUGUGCAUUCAGAACCUGGAUAUCAUUAAGCCUUUGCUUGACAAAAUUGUUGGCACGGCGAUCGAUGUCCCAGACAUUUCAGAGGACUGUCUCUACCUCAACAUUUACUCUCCUGCUAACAGAGCCCCUGAUGCCAAGCUUCCAGUCAUGGUGUGGAUCCACGGUGGAGGAUUCACACUAGGAUCUGCAUCGAUGUAUGAUGGUUCUGCCAUGGCUGCCUACCAGGAUGUGGUUGUGGUCAUGAUCCAGUAUCGACUGGGAUUCCUGGGCUUCUUCAGCACUGGUGACAAACAAGUUUCAGGGAACUUUGGCCUUUUGGACCAGAUCCAAGCUCUGAGGUGGGUCAAGGAGCACAUCCACAACUUUGGAGGAGAUCCAGAUUUAGUCACCAUAUUUGGGGAGUCUGCUGGUGGAAUCAGUGUUUCUCUUUUGCUUCUGUCACCUUUAUCGGACGGCCUGCUGCACCGUGCCAUUGCUCAGAGUGGUACAGCUCCUGUGGAUGGAGUCCUCAUGAAGGAUCCCGUUCCAGUAAUGAGGGAAACUGCAAUCACAUCUGGCUGCAGCCUCGAGAGCACAAAAACCAUCAGUGACUGCAUGAGAAACCUUGAUAUAGAUAUCAUACGAGGAUUUGGGAAGGAUCUAGUUUUGAGUUUUCCCAUAACUGUUGACGGACACUUUCUGACUAAACCUGUGUCUGAGCUUUUCCGUCAACAUGAACUCCUCGCUGUACCAUUCAUGACCGGCGUAAAUAAUCAUGAAGGGGGAUUCAUACUUCCUCAAUUCUUUGUACCUGCAAACUGGACCGAGGGAAUGGAUCGGGAGCAGAUUGUGAACAUGAUGUCCUUAUUCUACCCAAACCCCGAAGAUGCAAGGAUCAAAGAUCUGAUUGUAAAUGAAUAUGCUGGAAAUGGCAAAGACCGUUUGAGAAACAGAGAUGCCUACACUGAGAUGCUCGGAGAUUUCUUUUUUACUAUACCGGCCAUUAAAACAGUGAACACUCACAGAGACGUAGGUGCUGCUGUAUACCUGUACGAGUACCAGCAUCCUCCUACGUUCCAGCAGAAACACAGGCCCAGCUUCGUUAAGUGUGACCAUACAGACGAGAUCUUUACCGUGCACGGGAUGUGUUUCCUAACUUCUGAUGUAAAAUUACCUGAGGCGUGUCCUGAAGAGGAGGAGGAGCUGAGCAGGAUCAUGAUGAAAUACUGGGGGAACUUUGCUCGUACGGGGUCCCCCAAUGGAGACGGCCUUGUCCACUGGCCAGAGUAUGGAGCGAAGGAGGAGUACCUGGCUAUCGAUUUAAAGCAGCAGGUAUCGGGUCAACACCUGAAGAAGGACCGGUUCGUCUUUGUAACUCAGACUCUGCCGGAGAAGAUCAAACAGCACAAAGAGAGUACGGAUCAUCUAGAGCUGUAACGCAUGUGAACACAUCAUCAGUUUAUAGCCAUUACUUUAGUUACUCAGCUUUUAUUUACAGUUUUUUUUCAUGAUCUGGCUUCUUAUAAUAUUACAGAAACAUAUUGGAAUCACUUGAAACAAUUUAAAAAGCCAUAUUUUCUGAAUUAAGGAGACAAUUAAAAUAAAUAAAUACCUCUGCAGUGUUAUGAUGAUCCUGUGACUGCGAGGUAGGGUUAUUCUUUCUUUUAACUGUCGAUAGGAUUAUUAUUAUUAGUCGACUUCGCAUUUAUAUCUGAGGAAUUUGUGUCCCUCGAGGUGUCUUCUGAACAUGACCAUGUAAAUUUUUUUUGCCCAGUUCCAAGUCUUCUUUUCACCUGAUGGAUUUUUUUUUCUACUUUUUUAAUAUUGUGAAACAACAGAAGAGCAAAUUAAAUCAGAAUCACAAGUAGUGCGCUCAACACUACAGUUUUCUGCUCCUCUGCCCUACUGGUUGAAAUUGGAAUUGCAACUGUCGUAAACAACCCUCUGCAGCCGGCCGUAGCUAGCGCUAACAACGAGCAAACACUAACAUGAGCCAAAUAAUAUUAAAAUUGUCGUAAGCCAAGCCACCGGGCUAACUGGUGUUAAAUCUCAAGGCCUUGGCUCACGGUACAAUAUGGUGGUCUUGACCUCUGACCCCUCCUGCCGAACACCCUUACUCUGGAGAUAUUUUACCUUGUGCAACCUAGGCUUUUAUUACUGGUAAAAUCACCUUUAUUUUGCUGUAGGAAGACUCUUGCUGUAUCAGAACAAACUGCACGAGCUCAUCAAGCUCAGAACAGACGCUCGACAGCUUCCCCUCUGAUCAGGUAAACGCUGAUGUAACAACCUGGGAUGCAAUGAAGCAACCAGCAAACUUACCUUUUGCUGUGCCAGAGAAGGAAAGAAGGCCCCCACGAUUUACUUUUAAUUCCUUCCCGAAGGAGGGAAAAGUUUUUUCCACACGAAAGAAAAAAAGGUAAUCCAACACAGGGAAGAACAGCUCAGGCUAAAUAGGAAAAGUUCUUAUCAAAAAACCGAGAUUCCACCUCUCCCACCUUCAUGCAUCAUAAUUCUUCUUUCUCCUUCUUCCGGGCUGUUUUUUUUUUUUUUUAAUUAUAGUCUUGAAUCAAAGGUCAACUUCAAAAAACUUUUUGAGCACAUUUUAUUUUUGCAGCACAAAACUCGCCCUCCACCUUUGCAGGCCCAUUCUUGAUCUUUAUGGUUUAACGCUUCUUUGCCGAGGAAUCCCAGGGCCCCCCUCUUCUUUCCUUCCUGUCCUCUUCAAACAUUCUUUUUAGAUUCCAUGCUCUGGUUUCUGAGAAGUCAGGUGUGCAGUCUUGGUUCCCAUAAACCCAGUCAGCUUGCUCUCUUCCACAGAACUGGGUGCAAGGGGGGCAGUAGGGCUGGAGGUCAGAGGUUUCCACACAGAGAGGAGCUUGACUCAGGCUCGAAUCCAUGUUAUCAGCAAGUCUGCCCCGAGUCUCCUCUCAACAAAAAUAAACUGCAAAGGUCCACGCUAGAGGUCAACCGAUAUAUCGUUUUUCUAUUGCCAAUAUCAAUUUGUAUUGCCGAUUUUUAUAGGCCAAUUUUCAUGGCCAAAAUCUAGACAUUUUCCACCUUAUUUUAAUGCUAAAGUGUCACUAAACUUCAGUUAGCCCACAAAGUUUCUGAAGCUGAAUCCGUUUUUGAACUCUGAAUUUAACUGUUAAAUCGGAGCUUUGUUCACUGCUCAGUGUUAGACACCUAAACAAAGUUAGGGUAUUUAUUAUGCAGAUGUUAUUGGUCAAUGUAAAAUUAUUAGGUUCUGCAACAGCGCUGGGAUGCCCAAGGAUGCACCCAACUUUAAAUCGGCUUUGUCAAGGACAAAUAUCGGCAGAUGCAUAAAAACCGUAAAUGUUGACCUGACAUAUCGGUCUACCCCUAGUCCGCAAUGUUGGAUAAAAAAUUAUUACUUAAAAGUCCAGUAGCAACAAAGCCAGGUCACCAUCAGUCCUUGAUUUUGUAGCCUUUAGCUCCCUCAAACUAGUGUAGGCCAAGCCGAUGUUCACGCCGGCUUUAGCUCUUUGCUUUGCCUCGAAAGACUUACUCUUGUACUUUUACCUCCAGGCUCCUCCUCCAUGAUGCCAACAAAAAAGUAAACUUCUUGUUCUUUUGCCUUUUAUUGAUGAACGGCGAACUGAAAAUGCUAACUGCUAGCACAACAGCUUGCAGCCAUAAAGCAUGUAAAGAGCGCCCCCAUAGGAAACCUACCCACUCCACAAAACUGUCAAGUGCAAUAUCUGGUCAGCAGAGGGCUGCAGGGGGGUGUGAAGUAUGAAACUGAUCAAGUUUUUAACUCAACAAUCCCUGAGAUCAAUGUUAAAGCUCUAGCUUAAAGUUAAAAAAAAAAUAUAUAUAUAUAAUUAUAUAUAUAUAUGUAUGUGUGUGUGUUACUUAAAGGUAGAAAUCAAAAAGUCCCCCCCCCCAACUUUCUCAAGGGUCUUAAUGUUUUUUGUGUUUGUGUGUAUGUCUGCAUUUCAUUGCAUUACAAUCAUUUAAAUUGUGGCGCUGAUAAGGUGAUGAAUAAUAAACUGUGACAAAACAAA